UUCCUGCCGCUGCCGCCGCAUUCCCUGAGCACGGUGGGCUGCGGGCUGAAGUCGCACAGGGGAGAGGCACGGAUUUCCACAGGGCUGUGGGACACGGGGAAUGUUAGUUACUGUUCAUCCUGGCGUGUUUCCUCUGUGGAAAGGACCUGCUUUAUAGAGGCGUCGGUUUUAUUUUUACGGACUGUUCGUGCUGCCUAUCAACUAAAAAUUGUUUUUGGAAGUUGUAUCAAGUUAGUUAGCUAGCCAGGUUUUCGGCUCGGCUGCUAUAGCUACAGAGUAGUGUCAUUAGCUAGCUUAGAACUUACUUUGUGGUUAGCCAGACGUAGUUCGCAAAAGGAUCUAAUCGAUGUGUUUAGAUAUGUUAAUGUUUUGCAAAUUAAUUUAUUGUACUAAGCAGUGUCGCUUAAACCAAUGUUUUAAUAGAACAUUCCCAUUGUCUAGUGUCUAGGUAUUCAAGAGUUAACCUUACCUAGCGCAAUCCUGUCGUUAGCUACUUAGCUACCUAGCAUAUCUUCUUCUGCAGCAGGGUUUUCUCACGUUCGCUGGUUGUAACCGAUGCAGCUGAAGACAAACAGAUAACCAGUUUUAUUUAUCUGCCUUUUUUUAUUUUAAUAGAAUAUACAAAUAUACAUUUUCAAUAUGAACAGCUCUUCAUCGUAUUACAAACGCGCACUGUUUUAUUAAGAAGUAAGGCGUGUGAACGGUGGAGCGACAUCACGUCUAGCCAGGCUGAUAUUUGUUUAAUUUCUGACUCGGAUAAAUUGUAACUCCAACAACUUUCAGAAAAUGUAGCGGAUAGUAUUAGGUGAACGACAUAAAUAUAAUUACCUCCCCCCUUCAAAAAACAACAACUAGCUAGCUUUCUAGCUAAGGCAUUGUGAGCACACCAUGGUUCUCUGUUGUAUAUGAAUGGGAGCAUGAAGUGUUUUCUUCUGGAGCUUAGCUAGCUGUUUGUGUUUGUAGCCUCAGCACCGACGUGGCUAGCUGACUCCCUUUUUAAUGUCAGUGUUUAUAUUUUCAACACAAUUCUGUCAGAUAUUGUAAAGGCAGACACUACCACAUUUUUACUCCACCAUGUCGGGGGAGGUUCGUUUGAAAAAGCUGGAAAAGCUGUUUCUGGAUGGUCCGGUCCAGUCCAAUGGCCAGUGUUUCAGCGUCGAGUCUCUUCUGGACGUGCUCAUCUGCAUGUAUGAUGAGUGCAAUAAUUCCCCCCUCAGGAGGGAGAAGAACAUAGCAGAGUUCCUGGAAUGGGCUAAACCAUUCACAUCUAAAGUGAAACAGAUGAGACUACACAAGGAGGACUUUGAAAUCCUAAAAGUGAUUGGCCGAGGAGCGUUUGGAGAGGUAGCAGUUGUGAAGGUGAAGAACUCUGACAAGGUUUUUGCCAUGAAAAUUCUCAAUAAGUGGGAGAUGCUGAAAAGAGCUGAGACUGCAUGCUUUCGGGAGGAGCGGGAUGUUCUGGUGAACGGGGACAGUCAAUGGAUCACAACACUACAUUAUGCCUUCCAAGAUGACAACUUUCUGUAUCUGGUGAUGGAUUACUAUGUGGGCGGAGAUCUCCUGACGCUGCUGAGUAAGUUUGAGGACCGCUUACCUGAGGACAUGGCCCGAUUUUACCUGGCUGAAAUGGUGCUGGCUAUUGACUCUGUACAUCAGCUUCAUUAUGUCCACAGAGACAUCAAGCCAGACAACAUUCUCUUGGAUAUGAACGGACACAUUCGGCUGGCUGAUUUUGGCUCCUGCCUUAAACUCAUGGAUGACGGAACGACAGCUCAGCAGGAUUUUCCCCUGUCCUCCGACAAGACGAGUGUGCAGUCCUCUGUGGCAGUUGGCACUCCAGAUUACAUCUCUCCUGAGAUCCUGCAGGCCAUGGAGGAUGGCAAGGGCAAAUAUGGCCCUGAGUGUGACUGGUGGUCUCUGGGUGUCUGUAUGUAUGAAAUGCUGUAUGGGGAAACCCCCUUCUAUGCUGAAUCUCUGGUGGAGACUUACGGCAAGAUAAUGAACCACAAGGAGCGGUUCCAAUUUCCUGCCAAUAUCACAGAGGUGUCUGAGAAUGCCAAAGACUUGAUCCGCAGGCUCAUCUGCAGCAGGGAGCACCGGCUAGGACAGAACGGCAUCCAGGACUUCAAGCAACAUCCAUUUUUUUCUGGCAUUGACUGGGACAACAUCCGAAACUGUGAUGCUCCAUACAUCCCUGAAGUCAGCAGCCCUUCAGACACUUCCAACUUUGAUGUGGAGGAUGACUGCCUCAAAAACACAGAGACAAUGCCUCCUCCUUCUAUAACAGCCUUUUCUGGACAUCAUCUUCCAUUUGUAGGCUUUACUUACACUAGUCAAUGCUCUCUAUCUGAUCGUGGGUGUCUGCGCGAGACUGCAGCCCCUGUGCAGAUGGACGUGUGUGUACAGCGCAGCUUGGAGGAGAGCCUAGCUACUGAGGCAUACGAGAGGAGGCUCCGCCGUCUGGAGCAGGAAAAAUUGGAGCUCAGCCGCAAACUACAAGAGUCCACUAAGACUGUGCAAGCUCUGCAGUAUGCUGGAGAUGCUCCUGUCUCUGCUAACAGGGAGUUUGAGAUCCAAGGCCUGAAAGAGGAGAUUGAGACCCUAAAGAAGCAGAUAGCAGACUCUGGUCAGUUGGAGCAGAGGUUGGAACAGGCCAGUGCAACCCGCAAAGAUGUGGAGGAGUCCACCAAACACAUCUGCUCUCUAGAGAAACAGAUAAAAAGCAUGAAGCAGGAGAGGGAGGCCAUGCAAAAGGAGCUGAUGGAGUCUGCAGAGAAGCUGAGGGCUCAGGGGAAGGAGCUGAAGGAGGCUGACAGUCAGAGAAAGCUAGCUAUGCACGAGUUCUCUGAGAUGAGUGAACGAUUGACAGAGCUGCGUUCUCACAAACAGCGCCUCUCUCGCCAACUACGAGACAAAGAAGAGGAGAUGGAUGCACUCAACCAGAAGCUGGAGGCCCUGAGGCUGGAUUUGCGCAAAGCAGAAAGGACAAGAAAAGAGAUGGAAGCCCAGGCCGAGGAGAGCGCUUCGGAAGCCCAGAAAGAGAAGAAGUUGAGGGAUCGCAGUGAACAGUACAGCAGACAACUGGAGGAGGAAUUGGCGGCAGUGAAGCAAAAGCAGGCUGGUCGCUCCCCAGCUGCCGGAGCCCCUGAGCAGCACCAGGAGCUCACUAAGCUGCGUGGCGAUCUGGAGAAGAAGACAAUGUUUUAUGAGGAGGAGUUGUCUCGUCGCGAUGUCCAACAUGCCAAUGAGCUGAAGAGCCUGAAAAAGGAGCUCCGUGAUGCAGAUACACAGCAUCUCUCUUUAAACAAAGAAAUAAUGAUGUUAAAAGACAAGCUAGAGAAGACUCGCAGAGAAAGUCAGAGCGAACGAGAGGAGUUUGAGACUGAAUACAAACAAAAGUAUGAGAGGGAAAGAGUGCUGCUGAUGGAAGAGAACAAGAAAAUCUCCAGUGAACUGGAUAACUUGAUGAUCUUGUAUAAGAAGUUGAACAGCAGUCAGAAGCAGCUAGACGAGGAAAUGAGAGAGCUGACUGAUAAGAAAGAGAGUGUGGCCCACUGGGAAGCUCAAAUCACAGAGAUCAUACAGUGGGUGAGUGAUGAGAAAGAUGCACGGGGCUACCUCCAGGCUCUGGCCUCAAAGAUGAAUGAGGAGCUGGAGGGCCUGAGGAACACCAGUCUUGGUGCUCGCUCUACGGACAUGCCGUGGAAGAUGCGACGAUUGGCUAAGCUGGACAUGUCUGCCCGUCUGGAGCUGCAAUCUGCGCUGGACUCUGAAAUAAAAGCAAAACAAACCAUCCAAGAUGAGCUCAACAAAGUGAAGGCUGCCAACAUGGCCACUGAGUGCAAACUCCAGGACUCUGAAAAGAGGAACCAGGAUUUACAGACUGAGAUUGAGAGACUGAAAAGAGAAACAGAAGAACUACGUUUGUCUAAGGGUGUAAAGCACCAGGAUUCACAGAACUCUUUCCUUGCAUUCCUUAAUGCCCCAACCUCUGCUGUGGAACAAUUUGAUCGAUCUCCUGCCUGUGGUCAAGCCAGCAAAGGCAGACAUAUUGACUCCAUUGACAACUUUAGCCUGUCAAAUACGCCGUCCCGAGAUGAUGAUCGCAAGUCUCAAGUUGUAUCCCACUCUCGUUCUCCUUCCACCACCAGUGACCUGGAGCCUCUAGAGCCGAUUGAUUAUCCCCAUAGAGGUACACAGACUCCUACCAUGCGAUCAGGAGGAUACAGUAGCUCUGGGUUUACCACACCUAAGCCCAAAGCUCACCAAUUUGUGGUAAAGUCCUUCACUGCUCCAACUAAGUGUAACCAGUGCACUUCUCUGAUGGUGGGACUCAUCCGACAAGGCUGUAUAUGCGAAGUCUGCAACUUCUCAUGUCAUGUGACCUGUGCGGACAAAGCCCCUGCAGUGUGUCCUAUUCCGCCAGACCAGACGAAAGGUCCAUUGGGUAUCGACACACAGAAAGGCAUUGGCACGGCUUAUGAGGGCCAUGUUAGGGUGCCUAAGCCAGCAGGGGUGAAGAAAGGCUGGCAGAAGGCCCUUGCUGUUGUAUGUGAUUUUAAGUUGUUCCUCUAUGAGCUUGCCGAAGGGAAGGUCGCACAGCCCAGUGUAGUGGUUAGCCAGGUCAUCGACAUGAGGGAUGAGGAUUUUUCAGUCAGUUCAGUACUAGCAUCUGAUGUUAUCCAUGCCAAUAGGAAGGACAUUCCCUGUAUUUUCAGGGUCACAGCAUCUCAGCUCUCUGCAUCUCGCAGUAAAAAAUGCUCCAUCCUGAUUCUGGCUGACAGUGAUCAGGAAAGGAAUAAGUGGGUAGGACUGCUGAAUGAGCUACACCGUCUCCUAAAGAAGAACAAGUUAAAGGAGCGCUCUGUUUAUGUCCCUAAAGAAGCUUAUGAUAGCACCCUGCCGCUUAUCAAAACCACCCAGUCUGCUGCUAUUAUAGAUCAUGAGAGGAUAGCCCUGGGCAAUGAGGAGGGACUGUAUAUCAUCCAUGUCACCAAAGAUGAGAUUAUCAAGGUAGGGGAUAGUAAAAAGGUCCAUCUGAUUGACCUGAUUCCCUCUGAGCAGCUGCUAGCGGUCAUCUCUGGCCGUAACCGCCAUGUUCGGCUUUUCUCCAUGGCGGCUCUGGACGAUCGUGACACAGACUUCUAUAAGCUUCCUGAAACUAAGGGCUGCCAGACGUUGGUAUCUGGCACGGUGAAGCAUGGUGUUCGUCCCUGCCUGUGCGUUGCCAUGAAGAGACAGGUAAUCUGCUACGAGCUCAACAAGGGUAAAACACGGCACCGCAAGCUGCGGGAGCUGCAAGUACCUGCUGUGGUGCAGUGGAUGGCUCUACAGGGGGAUAAGCUGUGUGUAGGUUACCAGGCUGGAUUCCUACGCUACAGCUUGCAAGGAGAUGGGCCUCCCAAUAGUCUGCUCCAUCCGGAGGACCACACCCUGGCUUUCAUAGGGCAGCUGGGCUUGGAUGCACUCUGCGCUGUGGAAAUUUCCAGCAAAGAGUUACUCCUGUGCUUUAGCAGCAUUGGUGUUUAUGUUGACUGCCAGGGUAGACGUUCACGCCAGCAGGAGCUGAUGUGGCCAGCUGUACCAACUGCCUGUUGUUAUAAUGCACCUUACUUAUCAGUGUACAGUGAGAAUGCAGUGGAUGUGUUCGAUGUGAACAGUAUGGAGUGGAUCCAGACGAUUCCUUUGAAAAAGGUUCAUCCUCUGAACACAGACGGCUCAUUGAACCUGCUAGGAAUGGAGACAGUACGGCUAAUCUACUUUAAAAAUAAAACAGCAGAGGGAGACGAGCUGGUGGUUCCAGAGACAUCUGAUAACAGCCGGAAGCAGAUGGUGCGCAGUAUGACAAGCAAACGCCGCUUUUCCUUCAGAGUGCCAGAGGAAGAGAGGCUGCAACAGCGGAGAGAGAUGCUUAGAGAUCCUGAGAUGAGGAAUAAGUUGAUUUCAAAUCCAACCAACUUCAACCAUGUUGUUCAUAUGGGUCCUGGAGAUGGGAUACAAAUACUUAAAGACCUGCCAAUGCUCGGUUCUCCUCUCCCCUCUCCUUGCCUGCGCCACAUCUCCGUUGCCACCAGCUUUGAGCAUGUAUAUCACAUGACCGUCACCUCUGCCGAAAACUUCCUGUCCCAGAAUACCCCUCUUUCCUCCUACUCCCCAUCCCUAAGCUCUGCUCCUGGGACUCCUGCCUCCAUCUGCUCUCUGAAUGUGCGUCCUCAGGAGAGCCGGGGAGUAUUGGGCGGCUCAGUCAGCAUCCCCUCUAUAAGCAAAGCAAGACCUGAACCGGGCCGCUCCAUGAGUGCCAGCAGUGGCCUUGGCACACGUUCAUCCUCGCAGAAUGGCAGUGCACUUAGAAGGGAGUUCUCUAGUGGGAGUUAUGGCUCCAACAAGCAGCAGGCAAAGACCUCCCCCUCUGAGGGCUCCCUCUCGUCAGGGGGCGGCAUGGACUGUGCAGGUGAUGCCCCACUCUCCCAAUUUGACAGAGAGGAUUCUGAUUCACCGAGACAUUCUACAGCCUCCAACAGCUCCAACCUGAGCAGCCCACCAAGUCCAUCAUCCCCACAAAAGAGCAAGUCCCUCUCUCUGGAGCGCAGUGAGCAUCCAGGCUGGGAGUCCUGAGGACAGCACCAGGCGUUCAUCCUACUCACUCUGCUCGCUGUACCCCUCUCUAGAGCAUCAGGAUCCCUCAAACCUAUGGUAAAGGGAAAAAAAAAGACAAAGCAGCAUUGACACUCAAGGAACUUGAUACACUACAUUUGGGGUGGUGUGUGAACAGGCCCUAUGUUUGUUUGUGCAUGUGUGUGAAUGAGUUCACAAACACACAUAAUUGCAAAAACAGUCCAAUAUGCACAUUUGAUUCCAGCCUUUUUAAGCCCUGCUUUGGCCUAAAAAUCACAAACAUUUCCAGUAGAUUUAGAUUUCUUGUGGUGAACAAAGUUCAGUGGUUUUCUUCUAACCUAUUAGAAAAGUUUUAUCUGCUAAUGACACUACUAUUUUAAACUUUAAAUAUUAAGAAUAAUUUAAACUUCCCUGAUUUAAAAAAAAAAGGCUUUUUAAAACACUAAAUACAAUCGAGUCACCCUUUGUUUACGAACAAGAUGAAUUUGGAGCAUGAUUAGAUUAGAUGUUAGUGCUUAGUAACCAAUUAAUGCUUCGAAACAUUUAUAACAUGGAGAUAAGAUUGUUCCCAGCCUCAGCACUACAUUUAAAUUGACCUCGGCACUCCGGUGCCACGCAGCUCUUUCAUAUGUAAAGCUCAGAAUAACGUAGAAAUAGAACAAAUGAAUUCAAUAAUGUACAUAGAGUUUAAGUAGAGUAUAAUAUAUUAUGAAAAAUAACACUAUUGUGAAAAGUGACUUUGCUUGGAGAGUGCUAUUUUCUUUUGACUUUGUGAGUCAAAGUUUUUAAACCUUCAAAUGCAGCCACGUUUAAUUGAACAAUUUUAGCUUUCUUUUAUCAGAAUAUCCACAAGUGUCCAUAGUCCCACUGACCCUGCCUGGAUUUUAUUAGGAACUAUGUUAAAUAUUAUGUCCAAAUGUAAUGACAAAGACCAGGCCCAUGCAUGCAGGCGCACACAGAUAGGUGUGUAGGAUUACACAUGAGAUCAUAUUAGAAUAGAAACACAAUCCCUCAGUCACAUAUUCUUUGUGGUGAAUGUAUCAAAAAAAUAUGAUUGCAGCCACCUUCUUCUUCCUCCUCUCCUUGCCUACUUUAGUGUGCUUCGUGGUUCCUUUACUGGAGCAAUAAUGCUGUUUCCAAAGAUUUUUUUUGUUAAUUGUUAUUACUGUUUUUGUCUAAUUUUAUUUUUAUUUUAUGUUUGUUUUGUUUUAAUGAGUGUUUUUAUGACACGCGUAACAUGAAACCAAACAUAGCCUGGGUGUGGAUGUACAUAUAAAGUAUAAUCUGUAUGUUAUCACGGGUUUGAUGACACUAAAGUCACUGUUGUGUGACACUCACAAAACAUAAUCCAGUUAAGCUUUAGAGUGCUUCUCCCAUUUAGGGAGCAUUCAAGGGCUUUUACUCAUUCACUGGUGCAUUUAUCUGUUGCCUCUUCUUUUGUUACUUUCCGUAGCCAGUAAAAACACCGUUGGGAUGGGGGAGAGGGGUGGGGAGUGGAUGGCAAGGUGUGAAAUUAACUAUUAAUUAAGGAUCAUUUUAAGAGUUCAGGGAUAGUGCGUAGUUGGACUGUCAAGCACCCCUGGGUCUUUUUACCUCAACUUUCCGAGACAAGCCAUUAAUUAUAGUUCACUUUCAAGCAGAACAAGCUUUCUGUACUAUAUCGCUCAUUCCAUGCAUUUUAUUUUUGGGUUUAUGCGCAUCUUGUUUUGUCAGAAGAGCCAACUUGUGCAUAUAAUUUAAACAAAGCUUUUGGUUUAUUUUUCUGAUUAUUCCUUUUAAAGAUAUUUCUAGGGUCCAUUAAUUCAUGCUAUUGGAGCAAUCCAUGAGCUAUCCAAAUUCCAGAGAUCAGGAUUUGUUUACUGGGGCAAGAAAUGAGUUUUCAGUGUAAAAGCACAGCUUUGCAUAUGAAGAUAACAAAAAGUAUUUGUAUUUACAUAAAGUGUAAACAUAGACUUGGUAAAAUGGUCACUAUUCUUGUCAGCAUAUUGUCACAACUCUGACAUCAUUGUAGCUCCUGAACUAUUAUUUAAGGGAUUUACAUUAUUAUAAACUUCACGCUGCCUUUUAUCCAUAUUGCUUUUAUUAACUCCAGAUCUAUAAAAACGCCUAAAGGACAUAAUGAGGGACAGCUGGCUGAGAGGAAAAACUAAUCUAAACAGUCUACACUGGAGUUACAAGAUUUUCAUGCAACAGUAUUUUACAAUACUGUUUUGCAAACAUGAUUUGAAAUUCACUGUGGACCAGUCAGAUAAACUUGGCACAUUGGAUUCUCAAAUAAGCAGCUGAUUUGCAAUGUGCGCUAUUGUUUGGGAUCAUUCUUAUGUGGUAUUAUGUUGUCAUAUUUAUUCCUACUGAAUCUAAGCGACCAUACUCUAUAAUGUAAGUUUAAUGCAGAGUGCGUUUGCCUUGUUGAAUUGAGGCGAUGAUGGAUAAAAUGUUUAUACAAGCAUGUUGGUAUAACAGGAAGCCUGUUUGAUGUUACUCAGGUAUGUUAGAACCAAUGAUUUAUUUUAUUACAAUGAGAAAUAGAGAGCAAGAGGAGAACACAAUCAGACUUUUCUGUAUGUCUUUUGGUGUUGUAUUAGGACUGUUAGUCAUGGUGUAGGCCAACAUUAGCGGGAGGUGCCUUAACUGAACUCAGUUUGAAUGCUGGGUAGUGUAGUAUGAAUAUGGAUUAGACUUGAGGGAACCGAGGGGGAACUGAAAACAAAAUGAGGGUUUACUCUGCCUUGUAUAUUACAGCUUUUUCAUAUCACAUUUUUUUUCUUUCUUUUUUUUUUUUUUUUUUUUUUGUAAGAAUAUGUACAGUUUUGCAUGUCAGGUGUAUUCACUUAAAAAGUUAAGGCUGGAUUUUCCAACUGUUUUUACCAUAUUUUAUUGAUCUGUGUAGUGUGGACACUUGGGAUGUGAACAAGAAGAAUACCACCCUUUUUUUUUUUUCUUUUCUUUUUUUUUGGGGGGGGGGGCACAUGCUUAUUUAAGGUGGAAUGUCAUUGAGUUUAUAUUUAAUUAGCCAUCACUCUUCACAUUGAGAACUCGUAUCUUGACUGAUUUAUUUCAAUAAAAUGGGGAACUGUUACAAAACCUAA